UCUGAACACUGGAGGAGCAAACAUCAGCAUCUUCAGACUCAGCAUCUCUUGGUCCAUGGCAAGAACUGCAGUCAUGAAUAUAGGUAUCUGUGUGUGUGUUCUCCUGGCGGCUUUGUCCAGCAGUUCGCUGAGUCUGCCCUCACAGUCCAUGUCACAGAUAGCCGAGGGUGAGGCUCUCGUGUUGGAUGACCUGCCUCCCCCCUCGUCCCUCCACACCCGCCAGGCCCGCUCGGCCCCGGAGCUCCCCUCAGGGCCCCUAGUCAACUACAACCAACUCAAGGAGGAAGUAAACGCUCGCAACAGCCUGAGACAGCUCCUGGCCAGAAUCAUCUCCAGGAAAGGCUCCCCCUACGAGACCAGAUCCUCCCUCACCAGCAGAGCCAGCGGUCUGGCCCCCGGCCACAGGAUAAAGGACAGAGACUACCAAGGCUGGAUGGACUUUGGUAGACGCAGCGCAGAAGAGUAUGAAUACGCCUCCUAAAGGCAUGGCUUGCUUUCGCUGAAACCUGAGUUACAACCCUUAUCACUGCCAAUAAAAAGCCCACAAAAAAUAAUGAGCCCUUUUCACACUGCACUUACUGUAACCAAGGGCUGACUUGACUGGACCCCAGAGUGAGUUUAGCAUCAUAAUAUAUAAAUGGGAGGGGGGGGGGCAUAUCCUGCAAUCUGUGGACCCUCAUUCUCCAUGCUGAAGUAAAGAGCACUUGCCAAACCGCUACUCACACUACGUCAGAGUUGUAUUCAAAUGUUAGAUAAUGCUGACAAUAUUCUACAUUGUUGUUGUUGUCAGGAAAUCCUUUGAAAAAUGAAAUAAAAACCAACAGUGCGUUAGUUCAUCUCCCGAUAUUUUCUGACUUCUCUACCUUAUAUGAGGCUGUCCAGCCCUUUUGUUCCAAUUGAAAACAUAAAUCAUUAAAAACAGCUCACAAAUAAAUGGUUUUGUUCUUACAAAGACUCAGUAAUGCAGAAACGGAGAGGCGGUAGCUUUAGAAGACAUCACUUAAACAGGAGGAGAUGAGUACCUCUGUCAAAAUAAACUGGGAGUGAUCAUUGUAAUGGAAGGGCACGUCACACGGAGCAACAGUAUGAGACAAAAAAACGGACUAUCAAGCAGAACAUUUUCCUUUGAAUAUAAAUUCCAGCCCUAUUCUCACUGUCUUACGAAUCCAUGUCACUCAAAGCUAUUUAAAGGGUCUCAUUCUACUGACGAUUAGGAAUGUAUCGAAUGCCUUUACAUUGGACCGAGUCUAUUCAUAUCAUACCAUCUCUAACGAAAAACAGCGUGAUACAUCAUUACAUCACAGUACCAGAAUGGAGUCAGGAAGAAUUGGAACAAAAGUUGCUUUAAACAGCCCCAAAUGUUCACCCCCUACCCUGCCUGCUGACGGUAACCCUGGGCUCAAAAUGUGCAGUGUGAAAAGCACAAGACACGUCCGAGAAAGCACAAGGUGUUGUCUGCUGUAUAUGAGAUGCUUGGAAGUCGCCCUGUCAUUGCAUUAUAGACCUCGGAGGCAGAAAGUACUGCAGAUAUGAAAAGAGGAGUGGUGUUGUUCUUUUUUUGAAAGAUCGUGUAUGUAUGCACUCUUAAGGUUAAAGUCUCUGUGAUACAUUAUAUCUUCUAACUUUCAGAUUCAACAAAAGUCAAAAUAAAGCUCAAUUCCCCUCUGAUGUCAGCAAGAAAUGAAAAUGCCUUUGUUUGGGAUUAUGAUGUUAUUAUGUUUCGAGGGCACAGUUGGUGGGCUGAUCCCAAGCAUUUCGUGCAUCCUCUGACUGCGGCUGCCAUGUCUGUCUGCGGGUGUCCUUCCACAUGAGCAUUUGGCGUAAUUCACCAGGGCAUCCUCGACUACAUGAAAGCCAGGACAUUAUCAAUGGUGUCUGUUUACAAAGAUCAGGCUUUCCCAGAAUUAGCACGUGGAAUAAUGAGCCAGUGUCCUGAACAGGGUAUACAUUUAAAUUGGUAUAAUCCUGUUUUAGAAGUGACUCUGAAACACAUCUUGAAUUUAAAUUUGUUAUAUAAAUUUUAAAAGGUUAAUAUCAGCCAUCUUUGUUGGGAACAUCAAGUGAAAGUGAGGGAUUCUCUGUAUCACUGAACACACAGGAAAAACUGAAUACACCCUGUUGUAAUAAUAAUAAAAUAAAGCUUUUAGUUUGCAAACACAACAGAAAA